GGCACUAAAUCGAACUGAGCGAUUUCCACUCUCACCGCGCUUUUUCUCUCCGCCUUUUUCUGUCUAGCCUAAUUCGGUAUUACUCGAUCAGUGUGUAGGCAAAGUUUGUUGUGAUUCCUCCAUCUUGUUUUGAUUGGCGAAAACUUAUGUCGAUGGAUUUUAGCUGAUUUAAUUAAAAACGAAAGGAAAUAUGUACUUUUUUUACUUGCAUAAAUGGCCAACAUCAUCAUCCAAAACCUACGACAACAACACGCAAGCACUGAUACUAUUUAGUUAGACAAAAAAAAUGCGGAGAGAAAAAGUGCGGCGAGAGUGGAAAUCGCUCGUUUCGGUUUGGUGCCAGAGCGACAAAAUGUUUUUCAGUGACGUUUAACCUCGCGUUCAACACAACAUCUCGUUGCACUCAAAAUUAGAGUUGAUCAGUUUGCGGAGCGUAGUGUCAGAUAAGUCGCCGCGAAAAUUCGAUUUAUUUCCGAAACCACAAUACCUUGUUUGUUUUUAAAAUCCUGAUAGACCUUUGCUGCUAAGGUCCAAUGUGGAAACUGGGAUGUUUUGUUUUGGAAUCGUGUUAGUCCCAGGGACAAACACGAUGUUGUUUGCAAACAAAAACGAAACCAACAUUGGUCUUUUGCUGCAAAACUGCGAUUUUAGCUGAAAAUUUGGAAAAUCGGGCAUUUCUGGUCAAUUCCUUCCUCCAAGACUUGUGUCAUCAAGAUUCUGUUGAUGUUGAAGCAGUCUUAUCGAGAGCCGCAACUCGACCAACAGCGGCCGGGUGCGAUACUUCACGGCGAAGGAACUGGUCGAGCCGGUGGCCAAGGAGUGGUGGGAUUUGGUGAAGGUUAUUUGAUUCAGAAGGAGGUUCAGAAGAAGGAGCCUUCGAAGGUGCUUCAACUUGGGAGGUUUAAGCUCCGGGAGGAAUCUUCCGGUUCGGUCGAGGGAAGCUCGGAUUCGGUGCGGAGUCGCAACCCGUCGCGAAUAAACCCGCAACGACUCCGGCCAGGUUAGCAACGUCAAUGGUGGCGCGAUUCGGGACGCGCCGACGCCGGCGGCCAUCCGGAAUUCGUUGGCCUCUCCAGAACCAGCCAAAAUGAUGACCAAAAUCACGCCAAAGCCGAAGUCACGACUCUUUGACGACAAUGACGAGAAGGAAGAAGCCUUGGAACCGCAACCGGGACGCCCUGCUGUACGACAAGGACGACGACAAGCCAAACGAAAUGCUGGAUCACAAGCUGGCCGAAGAUCGUGCCAAGAAAGCCAAGGAGGAACGCGAGCAACGUCGGCGACCAAGUUCAAGAACUUUUUCUUUGACGAACCGGAAACUUCGUCGGAGAAGAAGAGCUCUGCCAGUCGGGACAGAACAUCCGACAUCAAGAAGCCAAAGUUGGACAAGGAUCAAGAUCAGGAAGAAGAUGAAGAGCGGAAGCGAAAGCCGGUGACGUACAAGUCAAUAAACGAUUUGUUUGAAAAGGUGGUACUCGUGAUUAGCGGGACUCAAAAUCCGGAACGGGCCAACCUACGGAAUCAGGCGCUGGCCAUGGGAGUUCGCCCUCUAUUCGGACGAUGCGGAGCGCUCGGACUCGGCGGACGAAGCGCGCCGGCCAAAACAGGAUCCGCUCAAACGGGGUUGUCCGGUGAAAGAUCCCUCUCCCUCUAAGGGAACGGACGAGGAAGCAAUGGCGCAUUA